UGGAGUUCAAAUUUCUACCUGAAACCGUGCAGUGAACAUGGCUAAUUCUAGCGUCUUGCUGCCUCUACUUGCCUUCGUGGCCACCGUUUUCGGGACGGUGAAUGGGCUCUCCUGCAACAAGUGUGGCAUUCGGACGGCGAAUCAGUUUCCCGACCACCCGGAAUGUGCCUCCGUACCGAUAACGAACCCCAAGUACUUCCGAGAUGAGGAGGAUUGUGGAAAGUUCUACGAGUGCAACCGUGGCACGGCUUACGAGCACGUGUGUUCCGUUGGGUAUGCCUUCAACCAGCAAACAACUUACUGCGCUCCUACAUCCAGUGUGAACUGUUCCUCCAAAGCCCCGAUAGCUAGCGGCUCGUGUACCAUUUGUCAGCAGGCAAUUGAAUCGAUUCGCCAGCACCCGAAUUGCCGCGGUGGAUCUAGAGCACAUCAACGACCAGUAUUGUUCCGGCAUGAAAAGGAUUGUUCCAAGUACUAUCAGUGUGAUCAUGGCACGGCCUAUCUCGUGCAGUGUCCCGCGGCAUUGCAUUUCAACACGCUCACCAAUGUCUGUGACUAUCCAAGGAAUGUGGAUUGUUCUGGACCGGUAAUGCAGGAACAAGUAGACGGUGCUGCUGGUGGUUACCCGGGCACUAACGGCCAUCAGGGGGGAAGAAAUCCAUCCGAUGCUCCGUGUACGAUUUGCCAGCAAGCAACGAACGUUUUGGAGAACCAUCCUAAUUGCAAUGGCCGGAGUAGCUUCUUCUCGCUCUACUUCCGCCAUGAAACGGAUUGUUCGAAAUUCUACCAAUGCAGCCACGGUUCAGCGUACGAGAUUAAGUGCCCGGCUGGAUUGAACUUCAAUACCCGCAUCAAUGUGUGUGAUUAUCCACGCAACGUGGACUGUAGUGGGCCAGUCAUAGGGCAGGCUAGUGAACCAAGGUAUCCAGGAACGAAUGGACAUCAGGGAGAUCCCACUGAGGCUUGUCCCACUUGUCAGCAAGCGGUAAACGUUGUCCCCGCUCAUCCGCGAUGCAAGGCCCACGAUGGAUUGUACUUCCGGCACGAAACCGAUUGUUCCAAGUUCUUCCUUUGCAAUCAUGGAUCCGCCUACGAGAUCCAGUGUCCAGCUGGACUACAUUACAACGCUCGCAUCAAAGUUUGCGAUCAUCCUCUCAACGUGGACUGCUCUGAUGAAGGAAUUGAGCAUUCGGUACGACCGAGUUAUCCAGGAACGAAUGGACAUCAGGGAGAUCCCACUGAGUCUUGUCCCAUUUGUCAGCAAGCAGUAAACGUUGUCCCCGCUCAUCCGAGAUGCAAGGCCCACGAUGGAUCGUAUUUCCGGCAUGAAACCGAUUGCUCAAAGUUCUUCCUCUGCAAUCAUGGAGCCGCUUAUGAGAUCCAGUGUCCUGCUGGACUACAUUACAACGCUCGCAUCAAAGUUUGCGAUCAUCCUCGCAAUGUGGACUGCUCUGACGAAGGAACUGAGCAUGCGGUACGACCGAGUUAUCCAGGAACGAAUGGACAUCAGGGAGAUCCCACUGAGUCUUGUCCCAUUUGUCAGCAAGCAGUAAACGUUGUCCCCGCUCAUCCGAGAUGCAAGGCCCACGAUGGAUCGUAUUUCCGGCAUGAAACCGAUUGCUCAAAGUUCUUCCUCUGCAAUCAUGGAGCCGCUUAUGAGAUCCAGUGUCCUGCUGGACUACAUUACAACGCUCGCAUCAAAGUUUGCGAUCAUCCUCGCAAUGUGGACUGCUCUGACGAAGGAACUGAGCAUGCGGUACGACCGAGUUAUCCAGGAACGAAUGGACAUCAGGGAGAUCCCACUGAGGCUUGUCCCAUUUGUCAACAAGCAGUAAACGUUGUCCCCGCUCAUCCGAGAUGCAAGGCUCACGAUGGAUCGUAUUUCCGGCAUGAAACCGAUUGCUCAAAGUUCUUCCUCUGCAAUCAUGGAGCCGCUUAUGAGAUCCAGUGUCCUGCUGGACUACAUUACAACGCUCGCAUCAAAGUUUGCGAUCAUCCACGCAACGUAAACUGCUCUGACGAAGGAACUGAGCAUUCGGUACGACCGAGUUAUCCAGGAACGAAUGGACAUCAGGGAGAUCCCACUGAGUCUUGUCCCAUUUGUCAGCAAGCGGUAAACGUUGUCCCCGCUCAUCCGCGAUGCAAGGCCCACGAUGGAUUGUACUUCCGGCACGAAACCGAUUGUUCCAAGUUCUUCCUUUGCAAUCAUGGAGCCGCUUAUGAGAUCCAGUGUCCUGCUGGACUACAUUACAACGCUCGCAUCAAAGUUUGCGAUCAUCCUCGCAACGUAGACUGCUCUGAUGAAGGAAUUGAGCAUUCGGUACGACCGAGUUAUCCAGGAACGAAUGGACAUCAGGGAGGUGGAACUACAACUGAAGUGACCAUCCAUGCGAUCCAUCCUAAGUGUCCGGAAAUCACGGGCGACCAAGAACCGGUCUACUGGGCGGAUUCACGAGAUUGCACCUGUUACUUCGGUUGCCAGUGGGGCUGUGUGGAGGAAUUCCAGUGUCCGACUGGACACCAGUGGCACGAUUCGAAGAAGGUGUGUAUCGAGGGCCUGUCUGAAACAUGCCAGCAAUAGUAGUAGUAUCAGCAACAGCAUUAUUAGCAACUUACUUACUUAUCGCGACCGACUAUUACCGACAAACGGCCUUCGCCUGCUUCAGGCAUUUACCCUGAUUGCUAUCGAUUGAGCAUAUUCGACAUCAAGAUAGUGAAUCUUUUAUCAAUGCAGAGACUUCACCUCCAAUUGUAUCUAUCACGCUUGCAGCAGCCGUUUCACUGAAUGGAAUAAAGCCACUUGUAAACGA